GGAGCCGGACGGAAGUGAGCGGGUGCCGCCCCCGCCUCUCUGUUCCUCAUUGGAGCCGCUGCUGCUGCCGCCGCCGCUACUUGGUCUCCGGCGAGCCGGAGUCUCCGUGCUGUACCCUCGGUCCCCGGCCGCGCGGAGCCGGGAUGCACUGCUCCUGCUGUAGGUCCUUAUCAUGGAGACCAAACGGGUGGAGAUUCCUGGCAGCGUCCUGGACGAUCUCUGCAGCCGAUUUAUUUUGCAUAUUCCCAGCGAGGAAAGAGACAAUGCAAUCCGAGUGUGUUUUCAGAUUGAACUUGCCCAUUGGUUUUACUUGGAUUUCUACAUGCAGAACACACCAGGAUUACCUCAGUGUGGGAUAAGAGACUUUGCUAAAGCUGUCUUCAGUCAUUGUCCAUUUUUGCUGCCUCAAGGUGAAGAUGUGGAAAAGGUUUUGGAUGAAUGGAAGGAAUAUAAAAUGGGAGUACCAACAUAUGGUGCAAUUAUUCUUGAUGAGACACUUGAAAAUGUGCUACUGGUUCAGGGGUACCUAGCAAAAUCAGGCUGGGGAUUUCCAAAAGGAAAAGUAAAUAAAGAAGAAGCUCCUCAUGACUGUGCUGCUAGAGAGGUGUUUGAAGAAACUGGGUUUGAUAUUAAAGAUUAUAUUUGUAAGGAUGAUUACAUUGAACUUCGUAUCAAUGACCAGCUUGCUCGUUUGUACAUCAUUCCAGGAAUUCCAAAAGACACAAAAUUUAACCCCAAAACCAGGAGAGAAAUUCGGAACAUUGAGUGGUUCUCUAUUGAGAAAUUGCCCUGUCAUAGAAAUGAUAUGACCCCAAAAUCCAAACUUGGUUUGGCACCUAACAAAUUUUUUAUGGCCAUUCCAUUUAUCAGACCAUUAAAGGACUGGCUUUCUCGAAGAUUUGGAGAUUCCUCAGACAGUGACAAUGGAUUUUCCUCAGCUGGUUGCACACCAGCUAAACCCAGUGUGGAAAAAUUGAGUCGAACCAAAUUCCGCCACAGUCAGCAGUUAUUUCCUGAAGGUUCUCCUGGUGACCACUGGGUAAAGCACAGGCAACAACUGCAGCAAAAGCCAUAUAAUAAUCAUUCUGAAAUAUCUGACCUUCUAAAAGCAAAGAAUCAAAGUAUGAGGGGAAAUGGCAGAAAACAGUAUCAGGACUCACCUAAUCAGAAGAAAAGAACAAAUGGAGUCCACAAUCAUCCAGUUAAGCAGCAGAAUCCCUUGAUGAAAUGUGAAAAAAGACUUCAUCCACGAAAACUUCAGGAUAAUUUUGAAACAGAUGCUGUAUAUGACUUGCCUUGCUCCAGUGAAGACCAGUUGCUAGAACAUGCUGAUGGACAGUCUGUGGCAUGCAAUGGACAUUGCAAGUUCCCAUUUUCAUCCAGGGCCUUUUUGAGUUUCAAGUUUGACCAUAAUGCCAUAAUGAAAAUUUUGGACCUUUGAAAGCAGCAGAUGUGUUGUAGCAGUCCCAAGAUCAGAGACCUGUUGCAUUUGAGUAGGUGUCUCUUUGAGCCUUACCUUUCUCAGGUGUUUUAAAGAAACGCAGGGAGGCAAUGAUAUUUCUGAAGAGAUUGUUCUCUGUGCAAAAGAAAGAGUGAAAAGAAACAGAAGUUUGAACUGUAAAUGCAAUUGUAACCUUUUAUACAGAUGUACCUUUUCAGUGUUUGGCUAACUAGACUUUUUUUCCUUUUUUUUGAGGGCAUUCUUUCUGUGUGAUUGUGAAUUUUAUUUUGUAUUUUGAUCAAGAAAAUAAUGCUCAAGUCAUCAAGUAGCCAAGUUAAUGGGUAUGCUCUAUCUGCCCAUUACAGUGAUUGCAAUAAUAGUUUACUUAUAUUAAAAUUAAGAGAAACUUAAAAUGCACAAGUAUUAAAUGAACUUAAGUGCUGAAAUGUCAUAGAAGUCAGGAUUGUAGGUCAUCUGCUUUGGUGGCAUUUUGCAUAUUUCUCUGCUUCUAACCACUUGGCUCGAAUCCUCCUCUGCUUGGAGUCUUGUUGAAAUGUUUCAUUUAGAGCCAGCUUCUACAAUAUAAUGUUCAUGUUCAAAAUGAACUCUUAGCACUUCAUUAAAGGACAAAGUCUACAGCUUGGAAACAGGAAUUGGGGCAGGGGAGUGUUGAUGCUGUAAUUUUGAGUUGUGCUACAUGCAGUUAGUAAACCCGUUGAGACUGCUGGGGAGAGGGUAGCAGAGAACCUGGAGGCCAGGACCCACCAACUACUUUGGUCAUGUCUUUACCAUCCUGCCUCUGAUCCUCUAGACUUGUAUAAUGAUUUUGUUCUUGUGAAAAUUUCUUCGAUAUUACAGUUGUGUAAAUAUAUAUGUAAAACUGAUAUUUUUAGAUUUUACAUUGUGUAGAAACUGAUGUUGUAUUAGUUUCCAUUUGUGGUAGUAGCAAAGACUGUCAAGCUUUUAAAAUUGGCAUGCCGAAGCCUCUAGAUGACGGAGCAGGGGGGGAAAGUACAUGCAUUUUAACCAAGUAAAAACAAAGUAUUUCACUAGGGAGGGUCAAAACUUCAAAGUAAUAUACAUUACUCACUCCUAGGAAUGUAUCUAGAUCCUUCUUGAUUCUUAAUUCCAAAUAGGGGUCAUAAUGCCCCUUUUAAGAAGGAUUUCAGCGAUAAUUGAGGACAAUCACCAAGACUUGAAGCGGGCUUUAGUGUUUUGGCUGCAUCUGACCUCAUUGAAGGUAUUUCUUUGGGGGAAGGGGGAUUGUGUGUGUAUGUAUGUGUGCGCACUUGUCAUGUGGGUUUUUAAAUCUUUUAUAAAGUAUGGUAUCCAGAAAAUACAUCUCUGCUUAUAAACAUUAUAGUAGAAAUCUUCAUUCUGUAUAGUAGCCUAUUUAAUGGGGCUCUGUUUAACCCAGUGGGACUUGAAAAGAAGGCACUGUUGUAAGGAAUUCACUUGGUAUAACUUUGCUUUUAGCUUUUAAAGGGCUUAAUUUUUAAAGAGAAAUUCUGUUUAUUAAUGAAAGUAUCGCCCUCUUGGUGCUCAGCUGGAGAAUUCACAAUUAUAGCAGUGCAUUUAGAAUUAGGUUAUCUAGAAUCCUGCAUCUUUUAAUGUGACAAAUUUGUGAAUCUUUCUGUGACUUCUUUUUAAAAAAACAAAAUGCAUUUAUAUGGUUGUAUUUGUAAGCUUUAGUGUUGUUCUUUUCAGAAAUAGGAUUUCUUUGCUUGGGUCUCCUUGAGCCAUAUUUAUAAUUGGUCCCAGCAUUACAUAUUUCUGUCAGAUUGUUAAGGGGGUGAAAAUUUAGUUUUGCCUGGCAGGUGAAUCAUUUUCUCUCAUUUACUAGUAUCCACAAACCAUUUAAUUUUUAGUGUUUGUGUGUUUUCUUUUUAAUUGAGUACUUUGGUCAGUCUUUAUGGUGCUUAGAGUUAAAUUUUUCAGCUCUCAGUACCAGAGCAAAAGAGAUUAGUUACCAGAAGUAUGGCCUCUACUGGUGUUGAGCCUCUUCAGGAACCAGCUGAUUAUCUCUUUUCAAUUACAGGUAGUUUGACUAUGGUUUAAUGUUAUUGCUAUUGUGCUGCUUCAUUUAAUGCACUGUGGAACAAAAUAAGGGUAUUGUUGGGAUGGGAUUACGGUAAUUUUAGGCUGUUAGAUCUCUUGAGAGUUUGAGAUAAAAAAUGGUAAAAGAUGUGAGUGAUGUGAAUUAACUAUGCAGAAUUUGUAUAAGUUGGAUGUACUUAUUUUAUGUACAUCUGCUGUUCUUAUUCUCUCAAACCUGCGUAUUAGUUUCUCAGUGUUUACUUUGAGAAAGGCAAUGCUUAGCAUAGAAACUGCAUUUCUCCUUUGAGAAAUUUUAGGAUGGUUUGAGUAAAUCAAGUGAUAAAAGUGUGCUGAAUAAGCAAUAAUUUACUUUUACUCUGUGCUGCAUUUUAAGAAGCUAGGUGAGAAGUUGUAUUUGCUUCAUUAUGUUUAUCUUUGAGAGAGAGAAAUAGAUCCUUGAAUUUGCUUUUUAAAUGUUCUCAUGUUCGAACCGUAUAUAUUCUAAGGUGCAGUGCACUGUGAAUCUUUUAUUUUUUUAAAUUUUUGUAGGUGCUUUUAUGUAUAACUUCUAUGAUUUAUAAGAUGUUAGAUGAAUUGUUUUUGUACUUAACCAUUGUAAUCAAAAACGGAUAUGGUUUACAUGCUUUUCACAAGUUUAUGUUAAGAAAUAGUAAAUGAAUGAUUUUAGAAUUUCAUUGCUGCUCGCUUGAGAAAUGAGCAUUUGGAGAGUUCCAAGAACGGAAUAGGACUCUUUUUAGCAUGGGUGAAAUUUAAUUAACGAUGUUUGAAAAUUAAGUUGCAUAUUUUUGUUAAUAUAUAAAGGCAAGUCUCCUAUGCUGUCAAAGGUAUUGUGGUGACUGCUUGCUGCUUUGAGCUUUGGAGAUCCUUAUUUUUCUAUUAAAUAUCAGUUAGUAUAAAUAACAAAUAUUUAUAGUAAAAUUAAUUUCAUGAUGUAAGAUUGGGGCUUGGUACUUUUAAGGCUUUAUUAAUUUGUGUGUAAUGUUAAAUAAAAACUCAAAUCUGAGUGAAUAAAAUUCUUCCACCAUAGGAAUUAAAUAAAUUCAACAUGUUGUUUUCUCUAGAAAAGUUCAGGUUUGCAUUAAAAACAUUUCAUUACCUGUUCCCUCACUUAUCUUUGUUUUUGCUCCCCAGCAGUUAACUUGAAUAGCAAGGAGCAAAGUCAGUUAUAAAAAUUAGACUUUUUACCAAGUUCUGUUUUUUACUAUGAUAAACCUCUCUUGGCUUUUUAUCUUUACUUUUGUUCCAGUGGGUCCCCUGCCUGCCGAGAGAUUUUGAUUGACAGAGAAUGUUGUAUUCACUUGUUGAAAUCUAUUGUGUUUCUAUAUUUCAUGAGGCAGUAUUUUUGUGGUGUAUUAAUCAUAGUUAUAGUAAGAUCAGAUACAUUAACAUUUUUGUGAUUGAAGACAAAUAAAUGUUACCUAGUAAUUUUGAUUUGGAUUAUUUUCUGGCCUAAGGGAAGGAGUUCAUAUGUAUUGUAAUUUUAGAUUAAUGAUAAGCAAGAUAAACAUUAUUUUGUCUGAAGGUAUCCUUACUUUAAGUACCUGUCCCUGGUAAACAGGUAUUAGCAAAACAAUUUUGUUAAACCUUAUUCCUGAUAGCUUAGAAAAGUCUAGCAUUUUAUAUUUUGUCCUAGGACUUUAAAGGGCACUUGUAUAGUUGCCAAAAAUUCUGAAAAUGAGAUUAUGAUGGGCUUUCUCAGUAUCUUUUCCUUUCUGGAAUUGAAUUGCUGUUGAAGUCUGUACUCUUGUGUUAUAAAGAUGGCAGAUUGUGGAUGUGCAGUACAGUCUCUGUCCCAUGCUUUCAAAGCAGAGUUCUGACUUGCAAUUUCAAAAAAUAUGAUAGGCUAUUAUAGAACAAAAGUGUCCUAAACGUAAAAGACAGCUAUUGUUGCUGGGCCAAGAGAGUAUAAGAAAUUUUGGAAGGUGUAUCAGUUCUUUAGUGCUAUAUGAUGCACUAGGCUAGCAAUGUGAUCAUUGCUUAGCCCAAGCAUAGCCUAAUGCACAUGGCCUUUACCAAGCUUUUUCCAAAACUGGAUAAAGUUAAUUUUUUCCAAGUAUGGUUGCCAAGCAAUGCAGUGAAUCUCAAGUAAUUUUUCUCAGUUUAAAGACCAGUAUUUCGGAAUCUGGUCCUUCCUGUGAUUAUCCUUAACAACUGCUAUCCUAUAGGAAGAAAACCCACACACCCAUAGUCAGUUGGGUGUAUACGAUUAGUUAAUUUCAUAAUGGUAGUUGCACAUUUAUCCUGAAUGGUGAGUAAUUCCUUUUCAUCUAGUUUCUUUGUGGGCAAGCAGUAUUUAUUUUUGCAAUAGUAUUCUGCAGUUAGGAAAAAGAGUAAAGCUAACUGUCCUGCAUGGGAGUUGACAUGGGGUUGACCUCCACUAGCUGAGUUGUUUGGACUAUAACAUGAGUACAAAGACGUGUGAAGGAAAAAGCUGUAAUGAAGUAUGGAAGUUUUGUCUUGAAAUGUUAAUAAUUGAAUCUUUAAUCUGGGUCUCCAGAUUAGUGAAAUCUCUGGCAAAGAGAUCGUACUUGUCUUGGGUCUCCUGUAGCUGGCAGAAGAUUUGGCCUAGCUAUGACAGCACCUUGAAAGCAGUGACCUAAAAGGAAUGAACCUUGAUAAGGUGCUUACAUUAGCUGCAUAGUGUUGGUCAAGAGGAAAUGAAUUGAAUGCAGAAAUCAAUUGCCUAUGAUAAUAACCUUGUCCCACAUGGACCCUCCGCUUAGUGAACUUAAAGUUAAGUCUUUUAGUUCAGUGAAAGAGUCAGGCCCUGAAUUUAUAUUUGCUGCUUUUUGGUGGGUGGGUCCUUGGAGGUAUUUGGGUGUUUUUAGGUUAUUUGCCACUGUCUAUGAAGUCCUGAAUUGGUGUUUUUGGUUUAACUGGCCAGGAAGGAGGCUAUUGAAUUCCCCUCUCCCCCCAACCCCCCUCCCCCCAAUAAGUUUCUUGUCACUUCUGUGGAAGAAUUGCUUUUCUCUUUUUAUUUGUGCUACAUUCCUAUGGUGAAUCUGCCACUAUGGGACUUUGAAAGCAGUGAUUCUAUGUUUCUCUUCUUGUAAAGGUGAUCUCAUUUUAGCCCUUGGGCUACAAGCAGAUAGAAGGGGUGUGGAGAACUGUGUUCUUUUAAAUCUCAGUGCAUGUAGCUAACAAAAUGCUUUGGGAACAAAGAGCAAACUCCUAUGUGGUUCUAGGGUGAAAUGGGCAAUGUUCUUUUGGUCAGUCUUUGACAGAUCUUAAGUAACAUUCUUAGGAUAGUUGACUUUCUGAAAUAGAAUGUGACAUUUUAAUUUAAUCCGCUUUUAAUUCAAGGAGUCUGAGGUUCUCAGUCUGUAGCUACAAACUAUGGUGUGAAACAUUUUGGGCACAAAUCUACAUUGUUACUCAUUUCUCAAGCUUUAAGAAAUUAGCUAGAUCUUUGUAAAAUGGUAUUUUAGCUUUGCUUUCAUGAUAUUUAGGAAUAGGUUAUGGCAGCAAGUGAAAGCAAAGGUUCUCAGCUGUGAAUGAAAUUUAGAAAGGUAACUUUUGCAGCAGUUCAGUUGGUAAGUAGCAGUGGACUUGUAUUCUUCAUGUACUACACAUAUGAUAUGCACUGAUGGAAAAGCACAAAAGACAAAUCUGUAAGAGUUUUUUUGUGCAUUUCACUACUGUCCCAGGGCACUGCUGUCUCUAUUGUUCAUUUUAGGUUUGUGUUUGGAUCUUUCAGAGGUAACCAUUUCAUUUCAAAUGCAAGUGUCCAAAGAACUGAGUCUUUAGUUUUACUUUUUUGAUAUUUCAAUUUAAAGUUAGUGCAGCGGAUAGCUAAACUAUUUCCAUUUUAUACAUAUAUUACAAGUUGUUUUUCUUCAGUAACAAAUAGGGAAGGAAAAUAAAGCCAUGAAUGAUUUAGCUUAUAUAUUUGCUUAUAAUUGUUUUUGAAGUUUGCUUAUUAAUACUUUUUAUUUUUAAAAAUUUCUUUGAUAAGUAUUGACUCAUCCUAGAUCUGUGUAUAAUUCAGACUAAUGAAAAUUUAAAACAAUCUUCUUUCUGAACGAAAUCAAAUGAAAUUAUAAUCCAUGUAUUAGUUAAUUUAAGUGAAAUCACUUACCUGAUAAAAAUGAGGGCAUAUUUGGAAAGGGAAUAAGAAUUCAUUUCUUUUUAUACCGUGCCUAUUUCCAAAACAGGAUUUGAAGUGGCUUUUAUAUUAUGCUAUGGAGAAUAAGUAAUGUUCAUGGAAGAUAUGUAGUGUUAAAACACUUCUUGUGGGAGUUUUUAGUCUGAACUCUAAAAAAGAUGACAUUUAUGCUCAGUCAUGUUAAGCAAGUUAUUUUAUUUGGGACUUGCAAAGGUUGGCAGAAAAAAUUGAUGAAAUAGUUUUACUAAAUAUGAUACUCAAUUGAGAAAACUGGAUUUGAGAGUAAAUGUGAUAACUGAAUAGAUUACAGACUGUUUCUUCAGUAAUCAUUUUUGUUUUGUAUGAAAUUGACAUUUAAUUUUUGUCUAAGUUACAGCAGUGUUUUAUUACUUUAACUUCUAGGACAUUUUAAUGCUUGAAGAAAGACUAUAUAAGUAAACCAUGUAAGUGAUUCUAUAAUGAAGUUCUUGGUGCUGUUUUUGGUUUAUUGUCAAGCAUUUAGAACAAAAAAGAAACCCAGAAAUAUGUUGGGUUUACCUUGUGUUAUAGGAAUUGAUACCUUUAGAGUAGAUUUAUUAUGUUUCUGGAUUUAUUAACAUUUUGGUCAACAGUAGCUUUGUUUCUUUCUUGUGAGUGUUAAUGAUAAGGACUAAUUUUCACUUAUUUAUAUUGGGAGUGACUAUCAAAAAUAAUAGAGGGUUUCUAGUGAUUCAUGUUUACGAAUUGGAGUUUGCAGGACUACUGCACUUCCAAAGAAGACUAAAAGUGCCAGCUAUACUCUUCACUGAGAAAAUGAACAAAGUCCUAUGUGUUAAUGGUUAUUAUACUAUAGCUUUCUGAAAGUUUUGAUACAAAUAACAUCAGUUUAGAAAUUAAAAACUUUUUAUCUUAUAAAAUACAUUUUGAGUUAUGGAAAGUUUCCUUUAUAUUUUGAAACAUUUUUACAGUUGAUCUAAUAUUGGCUUUCUGUAAAGAUAAUGUGUUAAAUUGAGACUAUUUGUAAUGCAAUAUCAAUAAAGUUUGCUGCUUGGGCAGUUUUAGUUAAUCUGA